GUCAGUUCGUCGUCACUUCUGGCGCCUUGACGCGGACGUCGCUCCGCUUCACGCUGUGAACUGAAACUUGCUGAUCUCACUUGACGUUAUAAAAACGCUCUGACGGAGCGCUCUGCUUCAUUUCUCCCGGUACUGUGGGACGGAGAGCAGCGGAUUCAGCUCCACGAUGUCCGGCCACGGUCACGGUCACGGCCACGGACACGGCUGCGGGUGUGAGGGCGAACACGAGCCCGCGGAAAGGGGCCUGGAGUACGGACUGUACCGGCGGAUCGACCUGGAGAAGCUGCAGUGUCUGAACGAGAGCCGCGACGGAGACGGCAGGCUGGUGUUCAAGCCCUGGGACCAGCGGAACGAGCGGGACAAGUUUGUGGAGAGCGACGCGGACGAAGAGCUGCUCUUCAACAUCCCGUUCACCGGCAGCGUGAAGCUGAAAGGAAUCAUCAUCUCCGGAGAAGACAACGAAUCCCAUCCUGCUGAGAUCAGACUGUACAAGAACAUCCCUCAGAUGUCGUUUGAUGACACCGGCAGAGAACCAGAGCAGGCCUUCAGACUCAACAGAGACCCGGUGGCUGAGCUGGAGUAUCCCACAAAGAUCGCCCGUUUUUCCAACGUUCAGCAUCUUUCCAUCCACGUCUCCAGGAACUUCGGAGCAGAGAACACUCGGGUUUAUUACAUCGGCCUCAGAGGAGAAUAUUCAGAGGCGCACCGACAUGAAGUGACGAUCUGCAACUACGAGGCGUCGGCAAACCCUGCAGAUCACAAAGUGGAGAGCAUCAUCCCGCAAACCAACUUCAUCUCCUGAGAGCUGCACAGAGUCGGGAGGAGGAAGAGGAGGACGAGGAGAGGUUUCACUGGCGUCUGCUGACUGUCAGAAAGAUUCAGUUCAACGCUGCGAACGGCAGGUUGGUCGACUGAGACGAAGCGCUGAAAUCUGAAGAGCAGAGAGCUUCAGGUUGAUGGAAGUGCAGAGCUGUCUCUCUGUGGCAAUAAAGCGUGAAGGCUUAAUGUGGGCUUCAUAAUAAAUGCAUGACACAUUUGACCCUCAGACAAA